GUAGCGCGAGAAUCCCAUCCCAUCCAUCGUGCGCGAGCGCGCCUGCGAGCGAGCGAGUGGAGGAGGACGGGAGGAGGGGAAUCUCCCUCUCUGUCUGGCGCGCGCGCUCGCUCUCCCUCUCUCACACGCGCGCUAUGGACGCGGUGGACGCGCUGUCCUGCGCGGCGCUGCUGGCCGUGAUGCUCGUGUCCGUGCCGGCCAACGCGCUGGUGCUCGCGUGCUUCGCGUGCAGCCCGGAGAUCCGGCGGCAGGCACCCGCGCUCUUUACGCUCAGCCUCGCGCUCUGCGACCUGCUGCUCUCCGUCUCCAGCGUGCCGCUCACCCUCGCCGUGCUAAUAACCGGCAGGCGCGCGCCGGACACCUCCACUAUCACCACUAUCACUACUACCACCAGCACCGGGGGCACCGGCACCGGCGCGUCCUCGGGGGGCGGAGGAUGCCGCGCGCUCGGCGCUCUGGAGACGCUGCUGAGCGCGGGCGCGAUGCUGAGCACGGCGGCGCUGAGCGUGGACCGCUGGCUCGCGGUGGUCGUGUCGCCGCUGCGCUACCGCUCGCGCAUGAGGCGGCGUCACGCGGCCGGCGCUCUCGCCUGCGCGUGGGCGCACGCCGCGUGUUUCUCGGCGGCGGCCGCGUGCCGCUCCUGGGUUGGCUACCACCGGCUGUACGCCGCGUGCACGCUGCGCGAGGAAGAACCACAACAACAAGAGGAGGAAGAGGAGGAGGCGGCGGCAGUGGACGCACCGGCGCGCGCGCACUUCGCCACCUUCACCGUCGCUUUCCACGUGCUCACCUUCGCGCUCUCGCUCGCGGUGCUCUGCGUCACCUACCGCGGCGUGCUGCGCGUGGCCCGCGUGCACUGCAGGCGCAUCGAUGUCAUCACCAUGCAGACGCUCGUGUUGCUCGUGGACAUCCAUCCCAGUGUUCGGCAGCGAUGUCUGGAGGAGCAGAGAAGGCGACGGCAGCGAGCGACCAGGAAGAUCAGCACCUUUAUCGGAACUUUCGUGCUGUGCUUCGGACCCUACGUGAUCACAAGGAUUCUGGAGCUAUGGCCUGGAGUUCACAUAAGCGAGCAGUGGGGGGUGCUGUGUAAAUGUUUGAGCUACAGUAAGGCGGCGUGCGACCCCUUCAUCUACUCGCUGCUCCGACACCAGUACCGGAAAACCUGCUCCGACCUUCUCAACCGGCUCCUCAAACGGACCUCGCUGAACUCAACUGAAUGGCAGCGCACCAAUGGACCCAGCACCGUCCUGCAGACCAUUGACUUGAACAGAGAACGGACGGAGAAGGAUGGAGCGCCAUGAGGAGAUGGAGGAGGUCAUAUCCUACUCCAAAAACCAACCAACAAACAAACAUACAUACAGCUGGGAUUGGCUGGUAUUGCACUCUUCUGUGGGAAUGUACCAGAGCUGGUCAUGGAUUCCAGGAAGCUUCAGACAUAUUUUGGGUUAAUUCCCUUUGGAAUAGAAGGCUCUUGGAUGUCCCGUCAUAUGUGAACGCUCCACAGCUCCUGCGGUUCAGGAGUUUUAAUACGUUUUAAUCUCUGGAGAGAUUUUUGUAGGAUUUUUCUACCAACUGCUGCACUGAAGCUGCACUACUGAAGCUGUACAUUUCAACAGACGCUAAGAAAAAAAAGUAUUGAGAAAGUAUUCAGGCUCCUUUGGAUAUUUAAGGUUGAAAGAUGUUACAGGAGCGGAAGGCAGAAGUGGAUUUGGAUAGAUGUUGGAUUUCUUUUGGUCAGGAGUUUCUAUUUAUCUACAUACAGUAUGUCCAUUUGUGAGAUCUACACUGGCUGUUAUUAUUAGGAUUAUUAGUGGUGCGAUUGUGAGACUACACUACACUGUUUCCAAAGGAAAUGCAUGCACUUGGAUAGACGAGUUUACUGAAAUGUAGCACCUGUAACUAGCUCAAACUCAAUGUGCUCCCUAGACUGGAGUUUAGUGCUGCUAUCUACUGUAUUCUAGAGACUAUCUUUGAGACUAACUAAGUUCUAGUGUGAAAAGUAAUGGUGUAAAGGAACAUUUUCUAGACUUUCUAGACGGUUUCCAGAACUCUACAUCUAUAGAAACUGUUUUAAAGUGUCUAAUCUACUGUAUAUUUCUUUCUGCCUUUGAUUCUCUGGCUUUGAUUCACUACAGAGUGAAUGAUGGGGCAGAAUUAAAUGCAGAACCUACGAUCCAUGAACCCAUGAACGUACAGUGCAAGCUCUGAAUUCUGAAUUUCUUAUUGAAAACGUCCAACUCCUGUUGUGUUCCCCCACCACCACCACCAUUCCCAUUCCCAUUCCUACUCCAACACACACACACACACACACUGUAUCUAACACUCUCUGAAACCAAUUAGAGCCAGUGGUUGGCAGCUGAGAAGGGUGGACGGAGGGAAGUCCAGCUGGACCGCACUCAAGCCUGGCCUAGAUCGAGUGUAGCCUAAUUGACAGGGUUUCUUGAGCCAGAAGAUCCUAUUGGACGAAUCACAGCCUUCGGCGCAAGUUAAUACCUUUUUCCUUUAGAGUCACUGCAUUACGAUUGAGGGCAAUUAGCUUUGUAAUUGACCUGUAGGUGCUCCUACUGUAGACCUGAAACAGGGUGCUGGUAAUUAUUAGCAGAUCAUAAUUAUCUACCCAUGUGUCGCCCACCUCGCCUUCUUUUGUAGGGAUGUUUAGAGAUAUUGGAACCAUAUUGGCAGAUAAUUGCCUUAAACAGAUCUUUUAAACUACACUAUAUUUCCAAAGGUAUCUGCUCACCUCCCUUGUGUUUAGUAAUAUAAGGUUUGGAUUGAGCUGAUUUCCACCCGUUCUCAUUUUUCUGCCCUUUCUUGGGCUCUCUAUCUUCUUUUAAGGGCAUUUUUGCUGGCCAUGUCCCAAUUCACUAUCCGGGGCAGCGAUAGUGUAUUGGACCGUGACCCUGGCGACACGGAUUCAAUCCCACGUGAAGAGCAGUGUGUUUAUUUAUUUAUUUUUUUCCUUUUUUCUUGGGUUUACCUGCUUUGGGAUCAACUGAUCUGCAAUUGGGUUCAACAACCCUCUGGGCUGGAGAGCUACAAGUCUGUACACUUCAUUUUCCAAAACAGAUUUUUUUUUUU